CGAACUUCUUCUCCUCCGUCCACCACCAUCGUUUCGUCUCCGUCUCUUCUCCUCUGGUAGCAACUUGCUUUGCGCCACCCAGGAUGGUGCUUUACGGGAAAUCGAUAUGGAUGAAAGUGUCUUCGGUAUUGAGUUCAAGUCACAUAUUACAAUUGACGACUUGCAAGAGAUUUUUGACCAGGAUCAACUAGGCGUCAGUAAUAUGCAAUCAUACAUCCGGUUGUUGUAUGACAGAGUGUUGCGCGGGACUGCAUUGUCUAACAGAUUCCGGUUCGUGUCUUCCGCCCAUUGCAGCGGAAUGGAAAUUGUUUCGGAUCCGGAAUCUGUUAGACAGCGCUUAGUCGAUAGAUUCAUGUCCACCGGCAAUACAGAAUGUCUGCAUCUUUGGGCGUAUAAUACCCGACCAGUAGGAGCACACUGGUUGCUGCUUGCUAUCAACCCGAUAAGGGAAGUCGUGUAUUAUCUGAAUUCGGUAAAGGGUGAAUGGACCAAUUAUCCGGCCAUGAAGGAAAUCGUUGAUUUAUCAAUACAAGUAUUCCGUAGUCAACGGGACGCACAGGUAUCCCGGACUAAAUCAAACAACAUCACCUGGAUCGAAGUGCAGUGUCCGAUACAGCGUAACAGUUCAGACUGCGGAUACUUUGUAUUGAGGUUUAUGAAAGAAAUCAUUCAGGCGAAUCAAUUAGAGAUUCCUCCCACGUACCUUGACGAAUUCCGUGCUGCUGGGUACUCGAAGCUAAAGUUAGAAGAAAUCAAAGAGGAAUUGUGUCAAUUUUAUAUUAAGCAAUUUUUCAUGCAGAUUUGAACUAUAAUAUUGUUGAUUUUGUAAUGAUGUAUAUAUAUAAUUUUGUAAUGAUGUAUAUAUAUAAUUUUGGAUAUU